CCGGACUUGACAAACAGAAAGUGUGGACAAGAUGUUUAAAGCGCUGUUUCUUUUCGCAGUAUACGUACACACCGCAACAGCGAACGAACAACGGAGCGGUAGCGCGAACCGCUAUUUUGUUUAUACAAGAGGAAAUUUUAACGAUCCAAGAGAAAUAAUCGUGAACGAUCUUACAACAAUUACUGAAUCUGGAGUUGAAUUAACUCGGGACACAGUCGUCAUUGUACACGGUCACAAAAGUACAGCGUUCAAUUCCUUAAACCCUACAGUCAAGAACGCAUAUUUACAAAACUUUGAUGUUAACGUGAUCGUGGUGGAUUGGUCGGCGGUGGCUCGAUUGGACUAUAAAUUGUCGGUGGCUAGUGUCCCCAGCGUGGGUGCGGCGGUUGGAGAUUUAAUCAGCUUGUUGCUGGACGCCAACAGAGUUGAUCUCCGUAGGAUACAUCUUGUAGGAUUCAAUUUGGGUGCACACGUCGUUGGUUUCGCUGGAAGGAGAUUGCAAGGACGAGUUGCGAGAAUUACUGGUCUAGACCCGUCUGCAAAACAAUGGGACAAUAAUUCGGGACGUUUAUCUGCAAGCGACGCACAAUACGUUGAAGUAAUUCAUACCGAUAGCGAGGGACUUUUCUCGAAUGGUCUUAGAGAUGCAAUCGGUGAUGUAGACUUCUACCCGAACGGUGGCAGCAAGCAGCCAGGCUGUGGUCUGUCGAACUCAUGUAGUCACAACCGCGCCUGGGAGUUAUUCGCGGCAACGUUACGUGAGGACAACGAGCUAUCUGGAAAUAGCUGCUCAACUUUCAUACAGUUGUCAUGGAACAGAUGUAACGGUGAUCCUCUCGUGAUGGGUGACCACCAGUUUUCAAAACCAGGGAGCGGUAUUUACAGAGUCAAUACCCGCAGCAGCGCACCUUUUUAAUCGAUACGGAAAUGAAACAAGUUCAAGAGACUCAAAUUAAUCAAACCCUAUUCGUAUAAAAUUUUCUUAAGACUUUCUUAA